CCACCUAAAAAUCUGUCGGCGAACUGUUAGUGUGCUGGGGACCCAUCGUGUGGAAAGCGUUGCAAUCAUGGAUAGUUCGGCCCUUCUUCUUGGUCCUAUUACACCGGAUGGGACGGAGCCGGAGGGCAUCAAUGGAUCUCCUUUUGCUAAUGGCGUCGCGCAUAAAGUGUCACCAAACGAUAAAUUACCCGACGGACGCUCUGCGACCACGACGACUGUUGGUACAGCCUCCAAGUCUGAUAGCGGCGUCGUGUACAAGGUGAACGACACGCCACCGUGGUACCUUUGCCUUCUUCUGGGAUUUCAGCACUACCUCACUAUGAUGGGCGGCACGAUCAGCUACCCUUUUAUCUUAUCACCCAAGAUGUGCAUCGCCGAGGAUGACCCUGCUAGAGGUCACAUCCAAUCUACCAUCUUUUUUGUGUCCGGCCUGGGUACUCUUCUGCAGGCCACGUUUGGGGUCCGUCUGCCGGUCAUCCAGGGCUCCACUUUUGCCCAUCUGGUUCCUAUCCUUGCUGUGCUGUCUCUACCUCGGUGGCAGUGCCCAGAAGACGUCUUCUUGGAGUCGGGUGGUAACGGCACCAGCACGGAGCACUUGUGGCAACCGCGCAUGCGUGAAAUCCAGGGAGCCAUUCUGGUUGCAUCGCUGUUCGAGGUGUUCGCCGGUAUAACGGGUCUCAUCGGGCUUCUGAUGCGUUGGAUUACACCCCUUGGAAUUACCCCUACCAUCGCUCUCAUCGGCCUCUCACUCUUUGCCGAAGCUUCGCACCAUGCUUCACGUAACUGGGCUGUUGCAUUUGCGACGGUCAUCCUGGUGACAAUAUUCUCUCAGUACAUGCGGGACGUGCGAAUUCCUAUACCGGGUACACGACGCAAGCAGAAGGGUCAAGAACCACCGAGAGCCAAGAGGUUCGCUCUUUUCAAGCUGUUUCCUGUAAUAUUGACCAUCAUCAUCAUGUGGGUGGCGUGUGUAAUCCUCACGGUGACGGACGCUGUCGGUCCCCAGAGCGCCGUCAGGACGGACAUCAAGCUGAGAGCCCUCUCUGAGAGUCCUUGGUUUCGUUUUCCUUACCCAUUUCAGUGGGGCGUCCCGACUGUUAGCACUGGAGCCGUCGUCGGCCUCUUGGCUGGAGUUCUCGUUUCCAUGGUGGAAUCCGUGGGAGACUACCACGCAUGCGCAAGGUUGUCUGGUGCGCCACCCCCUCCUGUUCACGCCGUCAACAGAGGAAUCUUCAUGGAAGGCAUUGGAUCUGUCUUCGCUGCUCUAUGGGGUGCUGGUUGCGGUUUGACCUCCUACUCUGAAAACAUUGGUGCCAUCGGGAUAACGAAGGUGGCAAGUCGUCGUGUCAUCCAGUACGGCGCCGCCAUCAUGUUAGUUCUCGGCACGCUGGGCAAAAUGGGGGCCUUUCUGGUCACCAUCCCGGAGCCGAUCAUUGGAGGCACUUUCAUCGUCAUGUUCAGCAUCGUGUCAGCGGUUGGUCUGUCGAGUCUCCAGUUUGUAGACCUCAACUCUUCGCGGAACCUCUUCGUGCUGGGAUCGUCACUCUUUUUGGGACUCUGCGUCCCCAAGUGGGUACAAGCACACCCGGGGGUUAUCGCGACAGGCAGUCCAGAGCUGGACCAGGUGAUCAACGUCCUUCUAAGUACAAGCAUGUUCGUCGGUGGAUUCGUAGGCAUCUUUCUGGACAACACAAUACCAGGAACUGCGGAAGAGCGUGGCAUUCAUCGCUGGACGGAGCACGCUGAAGAGGGCGCCUCAGAAGGGAGCCAGGUCUGUUGUACUCUCGCUGAGUGCUAUGACCCUCCUGGCACAUCAUUGCUCCACAAGGUGCCCUUCUUCCGAUAUGUGCCCAUCAGUCCCACCUUCAGAGAUGACCGUCUCUUCACAAACAUUCGACGGUGGUUCACCUUCAAGAAAUCCUUCGCCCCUAAAACGUGACCAACGUGUUAAAAUGUGACUCUACCUCGUGUACUUGUACUUUUAGGCAUCGGAAGACUGUAUUGGGUAUGGAACACUAGGCGCUGGCCCCUGGGGAGCCAAGGAUAUUGUUCCACUAAUUUUCCCACAGCCGACACCACCUAUACCAAACAAGGCUUGAUCGAUAAUCGACGUAACGUAGACGGCACGCCCAAUGUAACGUUCCACCAAUCACUGCCAUGAUCUCAGUGUCUGUAGUGAAGCGUUAAGUAGCCGCCAUCAUCCACAUGUACAGUCACUUCUAUAGCCACAGGCUUUCUGUAUUUGAAAUCGUCUGCGGCGCUUAGCGAAAGCAAGCGACGUCACGAUUUUACAAGUUGACGUAACGAAGGAAGGAGAGGAGGCAUUUAACAGGCCUUGUUUAGUGUAGGUGGCGUUGACACAGUGCGACGCGGCGGCCUUUUUCCUGUCUGUCGCAAAAACGACACUUUCUUUUCGACAGCUCUCUAACUCAUUCCGUGCAUCGACACUGAAUUUAUUUAUUGUUAUUUGUUUGAUUUUAUUUGCCAUUUGUUGUUCGUCAGUUAUUCCUCUGACUUGGUUUCUCAUUGAGUUUGAGUUAGAGUGAUACAGAGCUUAAAGCGGUUGUGAGAUGUUGGUACAUGUGGCUCUUUGCAUUAUGCUCACCGGGCGGACAGGAUGGCAUACACGCAACUCAGCUUGUGGACAAGAGCCAUGGAGAGCACAGUUUGAGCUUGGGUAACAAACAAACAAGGAGCCGUGGAUAUUUGCUUACCUCACUUACCCCUACGAAGAAGACGAGGAGGGGGAGGUAACGACUACAAAAGUACACGACGACGAGUAAAGACGAAAUCCUGUGUAGUCCUGUGAAGGACGUCUGUGUCGUCCUUGUUUGCUUGCGGCCGCAGCUCAGGCUGUAUUCUCCAUGAAUCGCAUUCUACUACCUCCUGAAUAUUGUGUAGUUUUGUAUUUCUACGUGUUGUAGUUGAUGAGAUAGCAACCGUUAAAUCUUUCACCUCAAGCUGUGACAUCAGGGAGAGCGAGAGCGUAGGUCAUUGCUAUUGGUUCUCGAAAACACGUGACCACGCCCGAGGCUGCCUUACAGGCGGGGGUGCCAAGCGUGAUGUCAGAGCUGGAAGGGUUUCGGAAUUUCUGCUGCCGGUUGUCAACUGGUCUGUUACCCCACUUGCUGUAAAACUGAAAAUGCAGGUUGAGAAGGAUGAAUGUAACUGUAUUCCACACUGAUACAGCAUCAUGUGGGCGAACUGCCGCAACCAGGCUAACCAUUCCUAGGACAUGGUUUCUUCAAAAAGAAAACGAAAGUGUAUGUGCUCAGGGACGAGACGUUACUUGCAGCUUGAUCACUUGCCCAGUGUUGGCGUUCAGUGUUCAUUUUUUUCUCUUAUCUCUAGCGUGAGAGCGUGUGUUAUAGCCGCCAUGUUGUGUUCCUACGCAGCUUCAGAGCGUCGCACCUGAACACUGCGUGCUUCAUACUGCGUUCUGUAAAAGGGUUCAGGUUCACCUAAUCCCUUUUAAAGCAAGGCGGAUACCAAAUGCAUUAUAUCACAGGCGAAAACAAGAUGUCGAAUCGUCUCAUCGAACUCGUUUUAACGAAUUAAAUCCGUAUUCUACGGUUAAGCUUAGCAACACAGAACGAAGCGACGUUGGUUAGCUUAGGGUUAGUUGAGACCUAUAGUGCCUGCAGCGAGACCAAGGUUAGUUCGAGUUUAUAAAUAGGUUCCCCGCGUCUUUUGGGUGGCACCAGCAUUAGGCCUCCUAGAAACAGAGGAGCAAAUGUUUCUACUAUAUUACGCCCUUGGUUAGUUUAUGGUUAGUUCCAUACAUUUCGACGAAUGGUCGAUUCUGCAGAAACAGAGAAGCAAAUGUUUGGAUUUUAUUUGGCCCUACAUUACGGCGCACUAUAGCUUCCAGCCGGUGCGCACGGGGUCACAGCCGUUGGUGGGGUUUGACGUAGAACUGCUGACGUGUUAUCCGCGAUGGUUGAACUCAUCUAGACCCGUUUUGUAGCUGUAACACCAAUGUAAUGGACCAUGUAAUGUAAUGCGACCAUGUCACGUUGCUGUUAAUGUGAGCGAUCUCCCAUUUCUUUCUCUGUAUAAAGUCUAGAACGCUCUGUGGCAAUGAGGGGCAAACUUUUACAUUCAUUACAAGUCUGCUGUUGCCACGUUUUGCUUGAUUUUGAUUGUACUUUCGUCCCACACAUGACGAUGUUUUUUAGAAAAUACACUCUUCGGCGCACCAUUUCAUCUAUACCAUUCAAAUGAGAAUGAUUGCCAUAUGUGAAUUUUCGUGCGAAUCUUGUCAUAGCUCAUCGAGACGAAUCGUUUGACCCCUCACUUGUUUUGAUGCGGCGCCCGGUAUGCGUGGUGCGACUUGUGCUGCGUGGUGCGUAUUGUUGGGCGACCAACGCCAUUCGUGCUCUGAGUUACGCAAUAUACCGCAUCCCCCAACACCACUACCGGUGACGUGUGCUGCAUUACAUGAAAGUUUCAUCUUUUAUCUAUAUAACUCCACCUCACUCGAUAUGAUAUCUUGAACCGUUCUGAAAUAAUAACCUAGUUUAUAUUACUCCCCAUUCCGUAACGCAGUCACGUCAGUCAUGACUAAGGUUCUCUGGUAUCCACAUUCAUCGCACGCCAGGGGCUUCUGGUGGAGAACGCACUUCUUCACAAACUGCGCAACGAAAGAUCACGCAAUUAAAGAAUACCGAUGUACAUA